AUGGCCACUUAUCUACAGUAUCGUCAUUUAAGACAGCAAUUGGCGAAACAGCUCGAGGAAAAGGUCGAGGAUGCAAGAGACCUACCCAGUCUUUCGCAACAGAAAACGCGCGUUGUUGGUGGACGGCCUGUGCUAGUGGUUGAUUGGGAUGCUCCUGAUGACACUCAGAAUCCGAGAAACUGGCCUUUCAAGCAAAAACUAUGUCCCCUACUCAUGGUGUCGUUGCUGGCGCUGCUUGUUGGUGCCUGCGCACCUAUCGACUCACCAAUAAUUCCGGAUGCGGCCGCAGAAUUCCAUGUGAGCACGCUUGUCGAAUCACUUAGUGUGGGCAACUUCCUGACUGGCUUUGGCUUCGGAGCAUUGGUUGCUGGUCCAGUGUCAGAGGUCCUUGGACGUUCAAGAACUUACUUGACGACGCUCGGUGUGAUGUGCAUAUUCCUCAUGGCUUCUGCGCUGGCUCCCAAUAUUGGCGCACAACUUGUUUUCCGCUUCCUGGCAGGUUUUGCUGGCUCAGCUCCACUCGUCUGUGCUGGCGGCACUAUUUCCGAUCUCUUCAAUCCUUUGGAGAAGACCUACAUCUUUCCGAUUUUCGCAAUGCAGGGCUUUACAGGCCCGGUUCUUGGAAGUGUCAUGAGCGCUUGGGUUCCGGAUUCACCACACUUGCACACGUGGCGCUGGUCUGAAUGGAUUGCCUUGAUGUUCUCGGGUACAGUCUUCUUCUGCCUCUUAGCCUUCCAGCCCGAGACCUACGAGCCUGUCCUCCUCAGCUGGAAAGCCAAGCAUUUACGCCGACUUACAGGUGAUGACCGAUAUGUAGCCCUGCAUGAGGUUGAGCGCAUACCUUUAGUCAGACAGCUUCAAACGGCACUCAUGAGACCUUUCGUGAUGGCAUGGUAUGAACCGGUCAUUCAACUAAGUACACUCUAUCUGUCGGUUGUCUACAUCGUUCUCUUCACCUUCUUCGGUGGAUAUGAAGAGAUUUUCAAGCAAACUUACAACCUAAGUACUGGCAUGACUUAUACACUGUUCCUUGCGAUUGCGAUUGGAGUGCUCUCUGCAAGUGCGAUUAUUCCUAUCGUAUACCGCAUCACUUGCAAGGCUGCGAACAAGGCAGCUGAAGAAGGAAAAUCCAGCUUCGAUCCUGAGAUUCGAUUGUGGUAUGCGAUGAUUGGAGCACCAUUCGUCCCCAUAUCGCUGUUCUGGAUGGCUUGGACGUGCUAUCCUUCAAUUUCUAUCUGGUCAGGUAUCAUUGCAUCCGUAUUCUUUGGAUUUGGCAUUAUCUGCGUGUUUUUUUCCAACUACAUGUACUUGAUUGACACCUAUACCCAAUUCGCCGCGUCCGGCCUCACAUUCAACACACUGGUUCGAUAUUCGAUAAGUGGAGGCAUGACUGUGGUUGGCAUUCCCUUCUACCAAAACCUAGGUCCUCAUUGGACACUCACGAUUAUGGCUUGUGUUAGUGUCUUGCUUACGCCUUUGCCAUAUCUCUUCUAUCGGUACGGUCAUGUGAUCAGGAGCAGGAGUAGAUAUGCUACAUAUGUUACAGAUAGUAACAGCAAAACUCGGACGUCAGGUCAAGAGAAAGAGGAUCCAGGGCUUCGAGAACGGGGCACGCUUGACAGGGACAAUAGUAGGAGCGAGGACGAGCCCGAGAUUCCUGGAGUUCUCUGA